AUGGUAAGUGCGUGGGAGUCUAGGAAUAUUCAUGCACGAAAGGCGAGAAUCCUUGGUUCAGCCAUUUUGGUGGCAUUUUUGAUAGUUGCCAUUGCAUGGAUACCGAAUGAUGGGGUUGAUGUUGUUGUGGCAAGUGUGGCGAAGUUGAGCGUCACCAAUUCCACGUCAGGAAUUCUCGCGGACUUGAAGAGAAAAUUCGUUUCAAAGGGGAAGACAAAGGUCAGUUUGGCGGACACUACAAGCGCACAAGGCAAGAAAGUCAUUCCUCUGCGGCAUGUUUCAUUUUCACCGCCUGAAGGAGUCGACUACCAUGUUGACGUGGAUGUCUACAUGGAGUCGCAGGGAAGGGCGAGUCAGAUGUUUGUAGAAUGGGUGCUCAUGCCUGUCAUCGAGGCCCCGGGAAUGAAGGAUAUCGUCAGGCUACACCUGUAUCCAUCGGGAAAUACACUGGUGAAGGACAUGGACCCUAAGGUACCCUCCGUGGUGAAAGUGGAUGGAUCGAACUCGACCGAGGAUGUGAAUAUUACACUGGAGUCCGGUUUCCCUGAAUUUUUCUGCGAGCAUGGACCCUCCGAAUGUGUCGGUAACGCCAUCCUCUCAUGUGUCGAGGAUGCUUAUCCCGCGCUUGAAGAUUGGUUCCCUGUUUCUAGUUGCAUCAUUGUCAGAACGUGUGCUGACGGCGAAGUGCCUCUUAUCGAUUCUGUUGCUCAUACAGGCUCCUCCUCGUCCCAUGUCUGUCAGGGGAUGCCGUCUGAGGUUGCUCUACAGUGCAUUGACGAGUUUGGAGGCGGCAUGUCGGUCAAGAAGAUCGCAGAUUGCAUGCAUAGCAAACGGGCCUCGGAACUCCUACUGAGGAACUUGUACAAGACAAAAACUUUCCUUCCUCCCAUUCAGUCCAGUCCGUGGAUAGUAGUUGAUGGCAAAGUGCUCAAUUCGCCUAACAGGACUCACAUCUUCCUUCUGGGAAAGGCUAUCUGUGAUGCUUAUGUCUCUAAGGUACAACCGUAUGUCAACGGUACUGUUCCUCGUCCACUUGGAUGCUACUACUUCCCUAAAGAGCCUCCUUACCUACCUCCUAUCCAGCUGGCCAACACGGAUGGGAUUGCGAUCUUGUGGGCAGUGGGAGGAGGAUCUUUCUUGCUGGGAAUCAUUGUACUUGUUGUUUGGAAGUGGCACAGUUCUAGGGGAAGUGAUGACGAGGGUCAUCCGUACAUGCAGACCUGA